AUGGGGCGUAAGCGUCGUUCCUCAUGUAAAUGUCGCAAGCAGCGUGGAAAGAGAUCGUCGCCAGUUUGGCGUAGGCAGCAGCUUGAUGCUACCUCCAUGGGUGAUCAGGUUCGAAUGGAAGAAUGGCGGGAGAAACAGGCUGACCAGGAACGACAACAACACCAGCAACAGGAGCAGGAAUGUGAUCGUAAAAUAAUAAGUGAUUUCCAGAAACUGGCACAACAAGAAGUAAUACGAGUCUUUACUAGUCUUUUCGACAGUGCUUUAUCCAGCUACAAGGCAGCCAUAGAAAGGAUGAAUGAAAGAAAAAGCGAAGGAUUGCACCGACUAGGAGAGUACAAGGAAGAAUUAAUUUCAUAUCGCAUUCGGAUUGAUAAUUUGCAUCUGCAAGAGGCACUAAGUAGAAUUACCCUCAGAGAAGAUGAGCACGAACUGAGGCACUUCUUGGAUAGGUUCAAGAGUGAGGACCUGAUUGGCGUUGAUCUACUGUAUCGAAGAGAUCCCAGAGACUCUGAAAAUAAGGACUCCGAUGUGGAUGUGGGGGAUCCACAUGAGGAGACUGAGGCGAGGCGUUCAAAUGGGAAAGACUCAGAUACCGAGGAUGAUGAUGGAGAUGCAGAGAAGGGGAUAGCGGAUAGGGGAGUCGAGUAUGCAAGUUCAGACAGCACAAGUACAAUUGCAGGGAUGGAGAGUCGAUAUGGGCUGGUGAGAGGAUCUGACUCGGAGACCGAGGAUUUAAGUACAGACAAAGAAAGUGUGGAUUUGGCGGUGGAGGAUAGAGGUAAAGCAGUAGAAGGCUCUAAUACGAAGACGGAGGCUCAAAGUACAGACACGGAAAGUACGAUUCCGGCGGUGGAGGAUAGGGAUGCAUCAGAGGAAGAAGGUGAUGUGAAGACCGAGACUCCA